AUGGCCCUCGCGCAGAUUCUAGGCCGUGCAGUGUCGGACCACUCGGUGACUCUGACACCGCGCGAAGCUGCAUCGGGUCUUUUGGGCUCGGUUUCUCUAACCUGCUGGCUUUUCUUGUUGGUGCCCCAACUAAUCGAGAACUACCGCAACGGCAAUGCUGAAGCGAUUUCCCUCCUCUUCGUCUUCGUCUGGUUCAUCGGCGACGUGACAAACCUGGCCGGUGGUCUUCUGGCGGGCCUGGUGCCCGUCAUCGUCGCUAUCGCCGUGUACUUUUGUCUCGCAGACGGUGUUCUCAUCGCGCAAUGCCUAUACUAUAAGGCUCGCAAUUCCCGCCGUGAGGCGCUUCACCACCGCCGGCGCUCAUCAUCAGACACCCCGGAUCCGACUACCCCGCUGCUAGGCAGGCGGUUUAGUGAUGGUUUUGUGUCCCCGAACUCGCGGCGCCGGUCGUCCGGUUCGCUGCGCGGCCACCUUGGUGCUGGCCGGCGCGAGAGCCAGGUGGAAGAUACACUGGCGAAGAUCGUGGAGGAAAAUGACUAUGGGCGCAAGGCUUGGGCUAAGAACUUCAUCAGCGUUCUCAGUAUCUUCGUCGUUGGUGCCGCGGGCUGGACAAUUGCCUGGCGGACGGGCAUGUGGAAGCCGGCCGUUCUGGAGAGUGACCAUGGUGCAGAGAAGGCUGCUGGUGGCCAGGUGUUGGGCUAUAUCAGUGCGGUGUGCUAUCUAGGAGCGAGACUGCCUCAGAUCUAUAAGAACUAUUGCGACAAGUCUUGCGAAGGUCUAUCGCUGCUGUUUUUCAUCCUCUCCCUUUUAGGCAAUUUGACUUACGGGGCGGGGAUUCUAUGCCACUCCACGGAUCGGGAGUAUGUCGUCACCAAUAUCCCGUGGCUUAUUGGAUCGCUGGGCACGAUGGUUGAGGAUGUUAUCAUCUUCGCCCAGUUCCGAAUCUACGCUGUGCAGGAACCCCAAGCUCCCUCUGCAAUUUCAUGA